AUGUUCGGUAAACUAGUCGCUUCAGAAGACUCUUUUAAAUGUUUUCAUGCUGGUGAAGAAUUGGAAUAUGGAAUAUCCAAGUUAAAUUUCUUUAGCGUAGCAGCGAUAUAUUUUAAUCCCUUCUUUCUUUUUCUGAUCUAUCUAUCUAUCUAUCUAUCUAUCUAUCUAUCUAUCUAUCUAUCUAUCUGUCUUAUUCCCUUUUACUCUAUAGCAGAUUUUAAUCACUUUCUCUCUGUCCAUCUUUCUUUUUCUGAUCUAUCUAUCUAUCUAUCUAUCUAUCUAUCUAUCUAUCUAUCUAUCUAUCUAUCUCAGCCUACUUGUUUCUAUCUAUCUAUCUAUCUAUCUUAUUCCCAUUACUCUAUAGCCGAUUUUAAUCCCUUUCUCUCUUUUGUUCAUAUCUAUCUAUCUAUCUAUCUAUCUAUCUAUCUAUCUAACGCAGUUUGUUCAUAUCUAUCUAUCUAUCUAUCUAUCUAUCUAUCUAUCUAUCUAUCUAACGCAGUUUGUUCAUAUCUAUCUAUCUAUCUAUCUAUCUAUCUAUCUAUCUAUCUAUCUUAUUCCCAUUACUCUAUAGCAGAUUUUAAUCCCUUCUUUCUUUUUCUGAUCUAUCUAUCUAUCUAUCUAUCUAUCUAUCUAUCUAUCUAUCUAUCUAUCUAUCUCCUACUUGUUUCUAUCUAUCUAUCUAUCUAUCUAUCUAUCUAUCUUAUUCCCAUUACUCUAUAG